AUGAGUCAGCUCUUAGGUCGUCAGGACUGUAUCAAGAGCCUCAGAAAAGACCUGGUCGACAUCCAGGGAGCAAUUCUGGACGUGUUUUCCAGAACCGGGCCGGUCCACUUCACCUCUUGGAAGUUCCCGGACAAAUUCUCCUGUAAUCUGGACAUGGUGACUCUGCUGGAGGAGUAUGACUUUGUGGAUGGAGAGGAUGUAUUCAAUCAGCACUCUCACAUUGUUCUACUGGAGUUAGUGAUUGACAGGUAA